AUGGAUGAUGACACCAUGGACCCACGAGACCAUUCAAUUGCUGAACGAAAGAUGUGGCCCGACAAGUCAGGUGAUCUCAUGCACCAAUAUCCACACAUUCUUGCACUAGGAAUUCUUCUCAUUGAGAUCGCCGCCAAGCAGCCCUUUCAAUGUGAUGAGAGUGCUCGCCCAUUGAGUGAAACCGUGAUCAAUGAUUACUAUGCAUGGGCAUGGGAAACAGCCCACAGAAGUAAUUUGAAACACACCGUGCAUCCUCUGUAUGAAGAAGCUGUUAGUAACUGUCUCAAUCCCGAGCUGUUCAACGGCGGCUCAAUACAGAAGUCUUCAGACGCCGAGGAAAUCAGAGCCCGACAGAAUGUUCUCUAUGAGAAAAUUGUGGUCCCAUUGAAAAGGUUAUCCGACGCGUUCCGAGAUGACUUGGAUAUACAAAGUCUUCCCACGAGAACCUCAAGCGAGACAAUAUUCAAACAGGAUAUCUCGGCGAAGAUUACCGCUUCAUCACCUCUUAAGGUAAAUUUUACGGUUGCAAUAUUCUGUGCUUUGCCGCUAGAAGUCGAUGCAGUUGGUGAUUUUUUUGACAUGGUUUUCCAAGACUCUACCAUGUAUCAGAACGCACAAGGAGACUCAAACACAUACACCCUCGGUCAAAUAGGUCACCACCACGCAGUUCUGGUACACCUUCCGGGAAUGGGCAAAAGCGUUGCAUCCCAAGCUGCUUCAUCUGUACGAGCAACCUACCCGAACAUCAAUCUUGCCCUAGUGGUCGGAAUAUGUGGCGGCGUUCCGUACGGGAAAGGACACGCAGAGAUUAUACUCGGGGAUGUAGUAGUCAGUGACGGGAUUAUCCAGCAUGACUUUGGCAGAAGAGUACCAGGGGCAUUCCUUCGCAAGACAUCUGUCACUGAUGACAUUGGUAGGCCUAAUGUGGCGGUACGGGGCUUCCUUUCGAAAAUUAAAACGAAGAUGGCACGAGAACGAAUUGAUAACAAUAUGAGGAAAUAUCUGAAAGCCAAUGAUCAGAUCCUCCGCAAUGACACCGCCCGAUAUCCAGGGAUAGAGCAAGAUGAGCUCUUCCAGUCUACUUAUCGACAUAGCCAUCAUGAUUCCAUUGAUUGUAUCAGCUGUGCCCAUUCCAGCAAUGGAACAGUCUGUGACGAGGUUUCUGACCUAUCGUGUCAUGAAUUGAAAUGCUCCAAAGAUAAACUUGUUCAACGCAAGCGGCUUCAGGCUGCACUUAGUCAGGAACAUCCACCUUCUCCGAUUAUCCAUCUUGGUCUUAUCGCAUCUGGGGAUACAGUUAUGAAAUCUGGACAAGAUAGAGAUCUCAUUGCUAAGCAUAAUAAUGUUAUAGCUUUUGAAAUGGAGGGAGUGGGAGUGUGGGAUAGUCUACCCUGCCUGGUGGUCAAGGGAGUGUGUGACUAUGCUGACAGCCAUAAAAAUAAAAUUUGGCAACCGUAUGCCGCAGCAACAGGUGCUGCGUGUAUGAAAGCUUUACUAGAUGAGUGGACGUUCUGA